AUGAAAUUAAAACGUGUUCGCGAUUCGCAACCUACAAGAAAUCUAAAAGUUUUGGAAGCCCAGGCUUUGAAGAAGACGGACUGGUGUAAAAGGCAACAGACAGUGUCACUGAAACGUGCGAUUGAAAACGACAAGAGUAUUUGUCAUGAAAGAAGAUUUUACAUCAGUUUUCCCUCUAAAUCAAGCCAUUCAAAUCAUCCCAUUGGCGGUGUUGCAGAGCUAGCACACCGAGUUGAUCCUAGACUGGUUCAAAAAAUCCACGAACUGGUAUCGGAAGGUGUGCGGAACCCCAAAGAGAUGAAAAGGCACUUAAAAAGUCAUGUAAAAAAAGAGCUUUUCAAUGGCGAAGCUGUACCCUCAACUGACAACCGUCGUUUCUUCCCUCGCAUGAAAGACAUCAGGAACCACAUAUACACUGCGACAGUGAAGCUGAGGURUUCAAAAAUUGACCAAGUCAAUGUGGAAGAAAAAAUAAAGGAGUGGCAAAAAGAAAAUGAGUUGCAGACCUUUUUCUUCCGAAAGUAUGCUGUCGUGAAAGCAGAUGAGGAGUCAAUACAUAAAACUGAUGUAGACGGAGCGGAAGGCACUACUGAAGAUGUCAAGAUCAACGAUAAAGAAAUUGCAGGAGACUCACUUCUUUUGGUGCACCAGACAGAAUGGCAAAAGAGGCUGCUUUCACGCUAUGGCAAUGAAAUGUGUCUUCUGGACGCGACCUACAAAACGACCCGCUACUCCUUGCCGUUGUUCUUUUUAGUUGUAAAAACUAACGUAGAUUACCAAGUAGUGGGUUCAUUUGUGGUCCAAAAUGAAACUACAGACGCCAUACGAGAAGCCUUGGAUAUCCUCCGAAAAUGGAAUCCCGGAUGGUCACCUAGGUUCUUCAUGGUGGAUAAAUGUGACGAGGAAAUUAAUGCAAUUGAGAGUGUUUUCACAGGUUGUAAGGCUUAUAUAUGUGAUUUUCACCGRGAGCAAGCGUGGGAACGAUGGGUAUCACUAACUGACCAUGGGGUAAGAAAUUAUCGUUCAGAAAUUCUUUCAAGRUUAAGGAGAAUCGCCAGAUCCUCGUCGGAGACAGCGUAUAAUCAAGCUGUUGAUGAUCUAAAAGCCAGUACGGUUUGGAAACAAAACCCGAAAGUCCAAGAUUGGUUUGAGAAGACUUGGCUUAAAGAUAGUAAGAGGUGGGCAAAGGCGUUUCGAACGGAGACUUUCAACGUCAUCAUCACAACCAACAAUGGUGUUGAAAGGCAAAACAGGGAAUUAAAACACUCCUACUUAAAAGACUACAAGGACAGCUCACUCAGUGGGCUUAUGUCUGUUCUAGUCAAUCAGUAUCUCCCAGACAAGUAUGAGAGGUACAUCGAGAAUAACAGCCGUUUAUCAAGUGGAUUUAAGAAAUACAGCCAAGAUAUACCAAGGUUUCUUCAUGACCGUCCACGAUUUCUGGCUAAACACUGUUUAGCUAGACUCACCUCCAGCGAAGACAUACUGUUUUCCAAUAUAGAUGUCAAAGAUGGAAACAAGGGAGUUUUCUCUGUGAAAUCCUCUUCAGCGAACGAAAUCUAUGAAGUACGAUUUGGUGAUGCACAUGACAUGCCAAGGUGCUCCUGCGAUGACUGGCGUGGUAACUUUCUGCCAUGCAAGCAUUUCUUUGCUGUAAUGAAAAAG